UACGUCCCGAGCGGUUGGCCUACGCCAAGAUGACAAGUCAGGAAGUGAAGGGCGGUGGUUGCGAGAAGACGAGUUAAGUUGACAUCGAUUUGCUUGUUGUCGUCAGAGAUCGAACUUGCCAAGAUGUCGAGCAAACGGACAAAGUCGAAGACCACCAAGAAGCGCCCCCAGCGCGCCACCUCCAAUGUCUUCGCCAUGUUCGACCAGUCGCAGAUCCAGGAGUUCAAAGAGGCCUUCAACAUGAUCGACCAGAACCGCGACGGCUUCGUGGAUAAGGAAGACCUCCACGACAUGCUGGCCUCGCUCGGGAAGAAUCCCACUGACGACUACCUGGAGGCCAUGAUGAACGAAGCUCCCGGACCCAUCAACUUCACCAUGUUCCUCACCAUGUUUGGAGAAAAGCUCAACGGCACCGACCCCGAGGACGUUAUCAGGAACGCCUUUGCCUGCUUUGACGAAGAGGGAACAGGUUUCAUCCCAGAAGAUUACCUCAGGGAGCUGCUCACGACGAUGGGUGACCGCUUCACGGACGACGAGGUAGACGAGCUGUUCCGCGAGGCGCCCAUCGACAAGAAGAGCAACUUCAACUACGUGGAGUUCACGCGCAUCCUCAAGCACGGCGCCAAGGAUAAGGACGAUUAAAGCCAAAGCAAAACAAAGCCAGCAGAUUCUUUUUCCACUUACUGUGUCAGCUAUGACCACUGUUUUGCCAAUCUCAGCUGUUCUGUAAUAAACCGUUUUGUAAGAGACGCCCAAGCAAUAAUUCUCUGCAGUGUCGGAGGCACAUCGGUUUUAGCUGACUUGUUUUUUGCAUUUUAUAAUAUAAACGUUUCGGGUAAAACCCUUUGGAUGUUGGGUUCCCCCCUUCCCUCUCGCCAUGCGCUUCCCUUAAGUGACAACUCCCAAUAAAUGGUGAACUAAUGUUUGUGCAUCCCA